AUGCAAAAUGUUUACUCUGCAACUGCCGAAGCUUAUAUGGGGAAAUCGACGGUAAGAUGCUCAAAUGACCGAGAAUAUAUAGCUGAUUAUCACUUACCCAACAACAAAACUCCCAUUCGUGUCUUCCUACUCAAUGAUCUUCGAAAUGAACGCCAGCAAAAAGAACUUUGCGUUUUGGAGCCGAUCCCCGAAGCGGUGGGCAAAAGCUACCGCCCUCUACUCAACGAUAAAGGCAGAGCGUUGGGGAAUGGUAAACUUCUUUUGAAAGCCAAGACAUAA